AAACAAAAGAUAUAGGCCGAACACUAUCUACGUGCACACCAAUUUUUUAAAAACAGGUGUCUCGCGGUAGUUAAAAAGAUCUUCUGACCUUUUUUUUCGGAGAAUCGAUCAACCUGAUAAGUCCUGCAGGUCUGUCGACUAAGACUAAUUAUCUGAUCCGUUGACACCCAUCUCAUCUUAAUGGACGGUUUGCCUUUCGUCUAUUAAAAUAGUUUGCUUUAGUAGCCGACGAUACAUCCACAUUUUACACCCCUCAACCACCCGACCCCUCGAGCACGUCCCGCAGAGUAGACCCUGUUGUUAGAAUCUACUGGAGUCUGCCGAAUUAUCUAGCGGUAACCAGUCAGUUGUUCAAUCACAUAACUUUCUUAAUCCAUCCAACACUCGCUUGUACAACGGGAUAUAUGCAUCGGCGCACUUGUAACAAAGUUGCCGAUAUCCACAAGUCGGGACUGAGAAAACAACAACAGAACAAACUCACACAGUUCGAACUGUUGAUUGGUGCCUGGCAAACCCCUGGGCACGUCACUCGGACAUAACUUCUUAAAAGUUCAGAUUGAUUUCUCCAUCUCAAUCGACAAUCGACCUUCUCUUCGGCGAACGGAGUUCAAGUGUGGAUUGAAAUAAGGGGGAAUAGACACCGCCAUAGGCCUGCGAUGUCAUGGAUAGCCCUUCGGCGCCGCUCGCGGACUAUUUCUGGAUUGCGGGCGUCGAGUCCAUAUCCUACCAAGACCUCCCACCUCCAACUUCAGCAUCGUCUACUCAGGUAGACGACACCAUCGACGAAGAUGGCGAACCCGACGACGACCCCGAACCGACACCAUCCCCUUCGGUCAACAGAACCUCUGCGAGACACUCUCGCCAGAACUCUAAUAAUAGACUCUCCAAAUCAUCGUUCGCUUCAAUCCUGGCCCUUGAAGAGUUGGAUGGGAAUACGAGAAGUAACAGGAGUAGUGCUACAAUAAGACCCAAUCCUCACCCUGUGGCGGCUGGGCAGGAUGGCUUUCUUAUGGAUUUUGAUUUCGACAAGGCCUUAGUCAAGUUCGCAGCCGAGAGGGAGAACUUCCUCGAGGAUCUAAGCUUCUCGGCCGGUGCCAAGACGCACUCGCGACCACCGAUGGUGAACCCACGGACGGAUAAGAUCAAGGCAGACGAAGCCUCAGGCGGAAGGAUGAGCCCGAUGAAGAGCAUCAGAGGAAGCAUCAGAGGCAGCAUAAGACGGAAAAUAAGCUUUAGGGAUAUGAACAGCGUGCGAAAGCAGCCAACAACCCCGAGACCCGCAUCAAUCCGAACUACUAGGAGAAUGAGCAGCUACAAUUCCGUCAUCCCCCCGCCCGAACCUCUUAACCUCGACCCUGAUAUGCAUCCCCUGAAACGACGAUUCGAACCCGAACUCCUAGACCGAUACCCUCCUCGACACGACACGGAAAGCCUCAGCAAGAGAGGCAGAUUCCCAGAUUAUGUACCCAUGUUCGCCUUCCCUAACGACAUUCAGAUUGUCUCAUCGGAUGAGAGACCGCGAUCGACAUGGCAUGGAUUCACCAUGACCUCGGACGAUAACUCCAAGCUCUAUGGAAUAACCGUCAUUAUAUGGACAGCACUCACAACAGAUGUAGCAGAGGAUAUAGAGAUGCGUUGUGAGCUUUGGAGACAGAGGCAUAUGACUGAGGAAGAACGAGAGCUUGCGGGUAGUCUUGGAGCACGUCUCGCCGCCGAACGUGCGCAUCUCUCGCAGCUGCUAGCAAAACUUCCCACAAUAGCGUCUGGGUCGUCUGCUCGGGAGACGCUCGAUGACCAGAUUAGUGCAGUGGAGGAGAAAAUUAGCCUCAUGACGGAAAUGUUGAGGCCCCUAAGACACGGGGCCGCAUCGAAGAUCGAUGGCUUGACCGCCGGUGAGAGUGGUCUUUGGACGCCUCGAGCGUACGGCAUUCUUGGCAGAGAUGUCACAAAACUGGGCUUUUGGAAGGAUUGGCUUCGAGCCGUCAUAGUACCAAUGACAGAUGGUGCAAUUCUACGCGUACCUCCAAGCUCUCCGCGAGUAGGUCGCUGGCAACCUUUAGAAAGAUACGUGGUCAAUCUAUGUACCGAGGCUUUUAGCCCUCUAAGCUCCAAAACCCAGGUCGAGAUUGGCGUGCGCGAGUUACGUCUAUAUGCACGAAAGGAAGCAAUUAAUGAGCUUCCAGGCUCACGUAACACUGACCUAUAUGCGUUAUUUAGAUCCCUAUCACUCGAAAAUAUCGUCACUCUCUUCGAAUAUGCCAUGUCUGAAUCACGAAUUAUCUUCCUCUCAUCACACACGGCGAUGCUUCAUCUCGCCUCACACGCCCUGGCUAGCUUGUUAUAUCCGUUGACUUGGGCAAGCAUAUUCAUUCCUAUUUUACCGGCGCGGUUGAUAUCUGCCCUUGAGGCCCCUUGUCCCUACAUCGUCGGCAUUGAGCGAAGAUACGACAAUAUCGCGAUUCCGGAUGACGACUAUGUCUUGGUUGACUUAGACAAAGAUACGAUUGAAUCACCGGCGCUGCCAGUUCGUCUCCCAAAACAACACCGACGAAAACUUCUUUCGCUCCUGCAAUAUGCGGCGCCGCAUAGUUUACGAUUCGGUGUCACGACAGGCCCACCUCCAUAUGCGAUUGAAUCUUUUCCUUACGACGCCUUCUCCGCUGAGAAUGGCGCCCUUUUUGACGAGAAGGCUGCGCCAAGUACGCUAUACAAAUGGGUGGCACAGAAUUCUUCAUCUUUUGGAGACCCCGAGCCUGCAGGCACGGCAAGCCCACCCGUGUUUAAUGCAUUCUUGCAUGCGAAGCCGGGAGGAUCCGAACGGCCAGCCACCAGCAAAUCAAAUAAGACCAGCCCGCCAUCGUCAGUAUCGCCUAUCUCGGUAAAUUUCCCGCCCAUGCCCGCGACACCUAUUUCUAGAAGCGAUUCGGGGUUCGCAUUAUCCUCUACACUAAGAGAGAAGAGAUCGGGUCAUUUCGAUGAGAAGGGUCGGCGCAGCUCCUCAUUCGGUCACGCACCGGUUCACCGACCUCACCCGCCCUUCUUAAACGGCCAUCAAUCGAAUUUAUCCAUCUCUGCUAUUUCGAUAGACUCACAAUCGUCGUACGGGGGUUACGCUCCGUCGACGUACGCCCAGUCUACUAUCGCUGCAUCCACGGUGAUGCCGAACAUGCUUGUUCAGCCAGUAGAAAACACCGAGUCUACGAUGUGGGUUGAAGGACACUGCUUCAAUUUCGGUGCUAACGACACUACCUCAACCUGCACGAUUUGCGAUGAGCGAUGCGAGGGUGAUGGAUGGUAUAAGUGUGUAGGAUGCGGAGCAGUCUCACACGGACGUUGUCUCGGCUGCGUCUGUAUUGUCUGCCCAGUCGCCUUCAGCGAGGACAAGAUUCGUGCUGCUUUUGUACGUUGCCUCGCGAGUCUUCUUUAUACAUAUCGCAAGCAUCUGGCUCGGCCAACGAAGGACCAAAAGAACAGUGGCCAAAUAUAUGGGUUCGACAUGAAUGCAUUUAUUAGAAGCUUGCCGUACGACCAACAGGAGUACGUUACAAUGAUGAAAGAAACGCAAGCAUUUAAUGAAUUCAUCCACCAACGCGAAACGCAGCCAGGCACAAACCCAGAGAUCCGCCUUUUCGACGAGAUAAUUCUCGCUAAGAAGGCUCGAGGAAGAUCCGGCUUGUCUUCUGGCUUAUCCCGUCUCUCGACGAUAAGAGCCUCUCACGGCGUCUCUGCCUCCCUACCUGGUCUUCAAAUCCCAUCGAGACAUCAGAAACAAGCAUCGUUCUUGACAGACACCUCCGAUCACAUAUGGAGAACGGCUUGCGUGCCUGUACCGAACGCCAAGUUCCAAGGCGACUACCGAUCAGUGACGACAAGAAUACCAGCACGACUAGACCCUUCUUUAAUGAAGGAACCCCGUGCCAUACAAGGUGUACCACGAGCCGAGCAACGUAGAAGAGGGGUGAUGAGGAAGCAAGUUCCCAGCAUGAUGAUCCCCACACCAGCCUCUCCCUCUUCUCCCGAGUCAAAUUAGCGUAUUGACUACAUACCAAGUCAAGGACAACCUACUAGAAUGUAACAUUAAUGAGGAUAAAGAUGGUAUGCUUUGCCUUAAUUGUACUAUAGCUGGGAGGGGACACGAGAUGAACAAAAGUUCCCCAAACUUGCUUUCCCUCCGGAUAUCCAGAAUUCAGUCGACAUUUGCGUUCCGAACCGAUAUCCUACGGCAUUGCGCUAUUAAGUUGGGGGGGAGGAAAUAAUGUCUAGCUAAAUUUGCCUACCGAAGCAAGGUGCGAAGUGAAGAGAUCAGAAGAUGGUGAAAAAAAGGGGGAGAGAAGAAUACCUAGGCAGAAAAUUCAACCGGCCUUGAAUAUGUAGUCGUUGGACUUAUUUGCAGAGAUAGGCAGAUCGCGAUCAAUUUACAAGAAGACAAGAAAGAGACAGACAGGGAGCAUCAAGCAUUGCGUGGGGGGGCAAGGCAAGUAGAGAGGUUGUUGAUACGAAUCACGUAAAGAAUUAAGGAAUUGCAUUUAACAUGGG